AACACAGUGGCGCAGGUCGAUGACGUUGCACGCACGUCCAAUUUCUGUUGUUUUCGCACUCUUGCAGCCUGUACAUUCUGACACUUCUACUAGGUGUACACUUCACCGAGGACCGUAGGGUGCGAAUUUUUGAACAGAUGACACGGCACACAAGAUGAGCAUUAUAUCACAAUAUUUUGUUUCAGCAGCGGUCGAACUAGCGUAAACAUGUCUUUGAGUGUGUCCGGAAUUUGUCUUCCCGUAGCAUGCAGUUGGUUUGCUACUUUGAUAGCUUGAAUCAACCGUCUCGUCGUUAGCUUGUUGCUGGGAACACAAUAGAGUCAUUCGUAACACGUAUGAAUGAACGUAAACUUAUAACAAAUUAUGGCUUUUUAUGAAAUUUAUUCUCAUCCCGCUUUGAUUCGAUACAAAGCAGGUGUUUGUACGAGCGCGACCUUGUUUGCCGUUGUGGUUGUGUGCCUCACUUACAUCUCACCGCUACUGGUGGCGUACAGGAGCCAAGGUUUCUGGAUGAAAAGAAACACUUAUGAAGAACAAGCAGUAGUUCGGUUUCAGUAUGAAACGUUGCUGGUGGCUGCAACAGAUACAAAUGGUGAUUAUGUGGGGUGGAGCACCUUUCACCAUCUGAACGACAUGCUCGGAAAGAAGCUGAGAAUCCCUGCUGUCUCUGUGAGGGAAGAGGACCAAAACCAGGAUGGAAAGUUGGACCGUCUGAUUUUUCAACUGCAGUUACCCCUGAAGAAUGAAGAAAAUGUGUACAGUGUCCAGCUGCUCCUGACAUUCAGCUACCAGCUCUUUACCAAGUCAACAGUGGUGAUGCAGAGCCUGGCCUACAUGCAACAUUCCUCUUCUGUUUCUGGAGCAAAGCUGUUCAUUAGUGGAGAUCUGAGGCUGCAGCAGAGAACACCUUUGUCUCACCGUGGCCUGUUCAACAUUUACAACGUUUCUGUGAUUCAAGGCUCCAGCCCCUUUGCAAGUGCCUAUGAUCUCGACGACAUCAUGAGGCGCUACCAGGGCCGUAACUUGACCACGGUACUUUCCUGUCCCACACUGGUUUGGACUACUGGACGGGCUGCUGGUUCUCCUUUCCAUCUUAUUGCAGACAUUCACUACCCUACGGAGGUCAUUAGCUAUUAUCCUGGCUUCUGGGAAACCAUCAAGUUUGCCUGGAUCCAGUAUGUCAGCAUUCUUCUGAUCUUUCUCUGGGUCUUUGAACGAAUCCAGACAUUUGUUUUUCAGAACCAAGUUUUAACCACUGUCCCCAUAACUAUUGAAAAACCUCACCAGCCUUGAUAAUGUGUGACACUAAUCAUUUCAUUAAAUUAGUGAAAUUAAUGCACGUGGGGUAAGCACUGUUCGGGGGCUAAAUAAGGACUAGUGUGUUUAAUAUUGAUUAAAUAAUAUAUCUGAUAUGUGCAGUAUUUUCCCCCCGUUCCUUUUAAAGAAUAACUAGUUUUGUUUAGAGAAGGCACCACGACAAAUAAAAACUAUAUUCUGCCUCCCGUCAUACAACACAUUGUGGUUGCAUCCAUCCUGUAAUUUAACGAGAUUUUGCAGAAAAUUGUUUCAAUCAAAGAAUCAGCUAAACUUUUUUGCAAAUGUUUUGAAAAAAACAUCCAUCCAUUUUCUGAACCGCAUUAUCCUUACGGGGGUUGGUGGGGUGCUGGAACCUUUCCCAGUAGUCUUUGGACAGUAGGCAAGGUACACCCGGAAAUCGCCACCAUCCAAUCUCGCAGACAAACAACCAUUCACAUUCAUAUUCACUCGUAUGGGCAAUUUGAAGCGGUCAGUUGUCCUGCCAUGCAUGCUUUUGUAAUGAUGGAGGAAACCGCAGUACCUUGCACUUGUGAAUUGUGAGGCGGACGUGCUAACCAGGGGGCUGAAAACCUCCAUAGCUGAAACAAAGUUCUCUACGUGUCAAAGUUAAGUCAAAUUUAAUUAUAAAGCCCUUAAUGACAAAAUGGUCUCACCGUUGACAAAUAUUGAGGACAUUCCCUGAUCUUAACCCCACAAGAGGGCAAGGAAUACUAAAAAAAGUCCGCCGGGAAUAAAGAAAAAAAACAUUGGGAAAGGGCCGCGGAUGGGAAGAAUCCUCCUCCCAUUAUGACCAGGCUGGAGCUCGAAUUGAAAAUACUGUAGAACCUGCAGAUCUUUUGUUUUUGCUCUCCCGAUCACUAAAAGACCAGUGUAUUUUGAACUAAGGUUCCGGAAAAGAGCAUAUGGUACUAAAAACAUCAAUUAUAUCCAUUUGAUGGUGCUGCUAUUUCGCCCUGCACUGACCCCGUGGUGGCGACUGAGACUGGAUAGGGCUCACUAUGUCAAUUUCAGUCUUAAGCAGGAGUCUGUUGGGAAAUAUGUCAAAUAUUAUCAUUAGAUUCUAUGUAUCUAAGUGUGGAAGAUCUUCCAGUAUGUGACAGUUUGACCUUGUGCUCAUGACUUGGGAGCGUGUGGCUGGCUAAGGAGCACAUGACUGGAGUCAUGAGUUGCGUCAAACAAUAAACUCCUUGGUUAGCUAGUCAUGAGUAGAUCAUGAGAUGGCUGAAGCAGACAAAUGUCUUGGUUUAAGUAAAAUCAUGAGUGCGCCAUGAGACGUAUGCAUCCCGUGCGCACCAAGAUUACGUCUUUGAUAAACUAAAGUCAUGAGACGACCAUACUGCUCUUUUCAACAAUAACAUCCCUGUUUUAUUGAAGUCGUCAGAGUAUCAUGAGAUGUCCCGUACUGUUUAAGAAGCUAUGCAUUUGUGUAAACUCCACCCAUUAAGAUGUUGACAACUUGAACUCAAUAAAAGGCAGAGCUAACUCUAGGGAGAGCGCGGUUCGGGCCACACAUCUUGUGUGUGUGUCUCGGGCGCCCUCCUGCAGGAGGCCUGAUGAAGAUAA